AUGCGGCCAGGGUAUGUUAAGCCAUACCCACCUUAUGUGGACUUAGUUCCUUUCCCAACAAAUUACAGGCAGCCGAAGUUUAGUAAGUUCAACGGGAGUGGAUCUCCCCAUGAGCACAUAGCACACUUCCAUGCUGCUUGUCAGGAUACAGCUAACAACGGAGCACUUCUCCUAAGGCAGUUUGUACAAACAUUGUCUACGCCUGCCUUCACCUGGUACAGCAAGCUACCUCCAUGCUCUAUAAAAACGUGGGAACAAAUGCAAAACUCAUUCCUCGAGCAGUUUUAUAGCAUGCAGAGGACGGUGGGCAUAACUGAGUUGACCCAAACUGAACAAGGGUUCAACGAGAGGGCGGCUGAUUUCAUAAAUAGAUGGAGAAACCUAAGUCUUCAUUGCCCACAGCCAAUCACUGAGCCAGAAGCAGUGUGCAUGUGCAUGAACAAUCUCCGCUCGGAAGUGGCUGUCCAGUUACAAGGAGUGAGACCCCUCACAUUUGAAGAGUUAGCUUCAAAAUCCAUGGAUAUAGAAAAUUUUAUGCAACUUGUCGCUCAUCGAACAAAAACGACGUUCAACAAGCCUACAGACAAAGGUGGUCAGCAUGAAAAGUUGCAGAUGAAACCCAAGUCUGCACAAGCCAUGGAGACAACGGCGGUAAAACCUCAGUUUCAGCCCGGAAGAGCACCUAUAGGGAAUCAAGGGCAGCAAGAUGCACAGGUUGGUAGGAGGCCAACUCUUAGCGAACGGCAAAACAGGGAGUAUUCUUUUCCUGUAGAAGAAAUUGAUGACCUUUUCACUGGUUUAAAGGAGUUGAGUCUAAUAGAACUUCCCAGGCCCAAAAGGCCAGAAGAAGCUUCAAAAUUUAAUGAACCAAAUUUCUGUCACUACGAUCGCAUUUUGGGCCAUACACUCAAAGACUGCUUUGUUGUGAAGAAUAUCAUCCAGAAAAUGAUCGAUGAGGGGACUAUUGAUGCAGAUCUCCUCAAAAGCAUGACAAAGGGAAGGAAAAAGGCUUCAGCAAAUGUUGCCACCCUCCAGGAUGAUGCGGCCUUGCCAAAUCACAAGAUCAGCAUAAAGGAGAGGCUUACAUUCCCUUCAACAAUGGCGCAGCCCAAGGUUGGGGGCCACGGCGGUCAAAACACCGUGUACUACCCCCAGUGA